AUGUCUUCCAUAAAUUCUGAGUAUACAAUUGGUGGGGUGAAGAUUAACUUUCCUUGUAAGGCUUACCCAUCACAGCUUGCAAUGAUGAAUUCUAUUGUCAGAGGAUUAAACAGUAGGCAGCAUUGCUUGUUGGAGAGCCCCACAGGAAGUGGGAAAAGUUUAGCCUUACUUUGUUCAGCUGUAGCAUGGCAGCAGUCUCUUAAUGGAAAACCAGUGGAUGAUGGCGUCACUAAAAAGGCUGAAGUACCAUUGUCAUGUAGCUGUACCUGCCAUUCAAAAAGUUUUACCAACAAUGACAUCAUAGACCAAGGAACAUCACACCAUUUCAGUAGGCCAGGUACACCACCUUCUGAAAGAAAUAUUGCUUCAUUAACUUGUCAAGAUUCUCCUGAGAAAAACACACUGGCUGCGAAGUUAUCUGCCAAGAAACAGGCAUCUGUAUACAGAGAUGAAAAUGAUGAUUUUCAAGUAGACAAGAAAAGAAUCCGCCUCUUAGAAACUACACAGCAGAUUAGAAAACGUCAUUGUUUUGAUAAGGAAGCAUACCAUGUGGAUGCAAAAGUUGCUCCUGGAAAGGCCAUAAAACUCAACUCUCCAUCAGGAAAUGUAAACCCUGUUCCCCCACAAACUCCCACUGGUCACUGUUCUAAGUGCUGUUGUUUUACCAAACAAGGAAACAGUCAAGAUUGUUCAAAUGCCAUUAAGAAGGAUCAUGGAGGGAAAUUGAAGAUACCCAAAAUAUAUUUCGGGACACGCACCCACAAGCAGAUUGCUCAGAUUACUAGAGAACUCAGGAGGACAUCGUACUCAGGGGUCCCGAUGACUAUUCUUUCCAGCAGGGAUCAUACAUGUAUCCAUCCUGAAGUAGUUGGUAACUUCAACAGAAAAGAAAAAUGCAUGGAAUUGCUAGAUGGAAAAAAUGGGAAAUCCUGCUAUUUUUACCAUGGUGUCCAUAAAAUUAGUCAUCAGCACACAUUACAGAGUCUUCAAGGAAUGCACAAGGCCUGGGAUAUAGAAGAACUUGUCAGCCUGGGGAAAAAACUGAAAGCAUGUCCGUAUUACACAGCACGAGAACUCAUAGAAGAUGCCGACAUAGUGUUUUGCCCCUAUAACUAUCUUCUAGAUGCACAAAUAAGGGAAAGUAUGGAUAUCAAUCUGAAAGAACAGGUUGUCAUUUUAGAUGAAGCUCAUAACAUUGAGGACUGUGCUCGGGAAUCAGCAAGUUACAGUGUAACAGAAGUUCAACUUUGGUUUGCUCGAGAUGAGCUAGAUGCUAUGGUAAAUAAUAAUAUAAGGAAGAAAGACCAUGAUCCCCUUCGAGCAGUGUGCUACAGUCUCAUCAAUUGGUUAGACGCAAACUCUAAACAUCUUGUAGAAAGGGAUUAUGAAUCAUCCUGUAAAAUAUGGAGUGGAAAUGAAAUGAUCAUUCAUUUACACAAAAUGGGCAUCACUUCUGCUACUUUUCCCAUUUUGCAGGGACAUUUUUCUGCUAUCCUUCAAAAAGAAGAAAAAGCCUCACCAAUUCAUGGUAAGGAGGAAGCAAGACAAAUCCCUGUUAUUAGUGGUUCCACUCAAAUAGUGCUCAAAGGACUUUUUAUGGUGCUUGACUAUCUUUUUAGGCAAAAUAGCAGAUUUGCAGAUGAUUAUAAAGUUGCUAUUCAACAGACUUAUUCUUGGACAAAUCAGACAGAUCAUUCUGGUAGGAAUGGUUUACUUGCUCUACCAAAAAAUAAGAAACGUUCUCGACAGAAAACUGCAGUUCAUGUGCUAAAUUUUUGGUGCUUAAACCCAGCUGUGGCUUUUUCAGAUAUUAAUGACAAAGUUCGGACAAUUGUUUUGACAUCUGGAACCUUAUCACCAAUGAAAUCCUUUUCAUCAGAACUCGGUGUUACCUUUACUAUCCAACUGGAGGCUAAUCAUGUCAUUAAUAAUUCACAGGUUUGGGUUGGCACCAUUGGAUCAGGCCCCACAGGUCGGAAUCUCUGUGCUACCUUCCAGCACACUGAAACAUUUGAGUUCCAGGAUGAAGUGGGGGCACUUGUGUUAUCUGUGUGCCAGACUGUGAGCCAAGGAAUUUUGUGUUUCCUGCCAUCUUACAAGUUACUAGAAAAAUUCAAAGAACGCUGGCUCUAUACUGGUUUAUGGCAUAAUCUGGAGUUGAUGAAGACAGUCAUUGUAGAACCACAGGGAGGAGAAAAAACAGAUUUUGAUGACUUACUGCAGGUAUACUAUGAUGCAAUCAAAUGCAAAGGAGAAAAAGAUGGAGCUCUCUUGAUAGCAGUUUGUCGUGGUAAAGUGAGCGAGGGUCUGGAUUUCUCAGAUGACAAUGCCCGUGCUGUCAUUACAAUAGGAAUUCCUUUUCCAAAUGUGAAAGACCUACAGGUUGAGCUAAAGCGUCAAUAUAAUGACCAGCAUUCAAAAUCGAGAGGUCUUUUACCUGGUCGUCAGUGGUAUGAAAUUCAAGCAUACAGAGCCUUAAAUCAGGCCCUAGGGAGAUGUAUCCGACACAAAAAUGAUUGGGGAGCUCUUAUUCUAGUGGAUGAUCGUUUCAGAAGUAACCCAAAUCGCUAUAUAGCUGGACUUUCUAAAUGGGUGCGGCAACAGAUUCGGCACCAUUCAACAUUUGAAAGUGCACUAGAAUCCUUGACAAAGUUUUCCACAAAGCAUCUGAAGGACACUGGCAUAUCUGUAGAGGACAAUCAAUCUACACAGGACAAUGAGGGUAUACUUGAAGUGACCUGUUUUAAAGACAAUACCCCAACUUCUUUACUGAAUGUAGAAAGUCACCUGUCACCAAAAAAUCCUAAGGAAGACAAUACAAAACUGUGUGUCCAGGAGCUCCAGUGUCUGAAAAUGCUAACUAAAACUCCACCUCCAUCAAGUGACACCAUCUCCAGAAAGAAGAAAAGUGAUCCAGUAUUUUCAGAAGACUCUGUCCAAUCAAUGAAAGGAGGAAAAAAGGUGAUUUCCAGAUCUACAAGCCCAACCUUCAGCAAACAAGCAAAGAGCACCAGUUGGUCUAACUUUCAUUCUUUUGAACAGUAUUGUCCGGGUAAAAGCCUGACUGCAAUGCCUGAGCUCAGGAUAUCAAAGGACUGUACAUCUACUAUCAAAAUAGAAAAAAUGGAAAAUAAAACUGUUUUACCACUCACUGAUAAAUCUGAGUCCUCAUCUCUGACAAGAAACACAUCACUUGGGCCAUGCCUUCCAUCAGAAGCCAUUAUUUCACCAAUAAAGACUGAUACUAGUGAUACUAAACAAAAUCAUCUGAAACAGCCACUCUGUUAUGAAGAAACUCUGGAUCCGGACAUUGAAAUGUCUCUACUAAAUAACGAAGCUCAACUUUCCACUUCAUACAGAGCUUCUGAAACAGAAGAAGACGAAUCUAUUUAUUUUACACCUGAACUUUAUGACCCUGUGGAUAUAGAUGAAGAGAAAAAUGAACUAGCUGAAACUGAUAGAAGCAAUAGAUUGGUUAAUAAUUCAGAUUACUUUUUAGCUGAAGACUGUUUUGAAUAUAGAACUAUGAAAGGAGUGGAUUCAGACAGCGAAAUGAAAGCUGAAGAUUGCAUAGACAUAAAGUUGAAUAAAAGCAUACAAAUUGAAGAAAACAAAGUUGAUAAUAAUAAUAUAAAAACAACUAAUAUAAAUGACUUCGGUCACGGAAGAACUCAUGAAACUGAUAUAAAGAACUUUAAACCAUUUUCCUUCUGA